AUUCAUUUAUGGACUUCGAAACUGCCUUGCCCUUAGUGGCACCAGUAAUUGACCGAAAAUUACCAAUGCUACACUUUUUAAUUAUUUUGUCAUGAUUGCUAGAACCGCAAAUCAUUGCAAGCUUGUCAAUAUUGUUUAUGAAAAUCGCCUGGUCUUUCGAGACCCGAAGCUGACUAUUUUUUUCCAUUUCGCAGCUGACCAUUUUUGCAGCAAUGUUAUUUACGGAUGAACGUGCUUGCUCUACAUGGCUGGACUUUCGCGCGUCAAAACCCAUAAUGCCGAGGCUAACUCGUGAUGUAACCAAAUACUAUGGCACAUGAAAGCAAAUACGCGCCACCACCUGCAACGUGCAAGUGGCAUCUGUCCGACGCACAGUGACUCGGCAGUAUUUGGAUGACCUCACCGUCUGGUGUGUAGCGCCUGCCUCUCAGCGGGGGCGUUGUUCUGCGCUGGCCCGGCGUGCCCGCGUGAGGGCUCGGCGCCGCGUGACAGUCUGCGCGUGGCCGACAGACCUGAAGACGUACUUCAUCGUCGGCAAGCGGGAGCCGUUCGCACCGCGGUCGGAGCCGAGCUCGCCGUCCGGACGUGGCUCCUCGGCGACUGCCGGCCGGCUCACCAAGAAGGCCUGCUCGCUGCCCAGCAUCAUCGAGACGCCCGACACAACACGCCAGGUGGAGCCGGUGCAUCAGACGUUGACACUGGACCGCAGGUCACGGAGGCCGCGGCUGCGUACCGUCCGGACCGACGCCGACCUGAGAGCCCGGCUGUGCGGUAACGUGCGGACGCGGCUGACCAGCGGCGGCUUCUCGCUCCAGCCGCUGCCAGAGGAGAGACCUUCCUCGGCCCAGGGCAGCCACGUGGUUGACUUGGUCGAUGACGACGACGACCAGUACGCGCGCGAGGACCGCACACUGGGCCUCUCCAUGUCCUCGUUCAACAGCCGGAAGGACUCCGGUAUCCGCAGUCGGCGCAGUAGCAUCCAGGCCGAGAUCGGCGUGCUAAACGGCAUGCGCCCGGGAGACCUCCUGAGCCACCGAGUCAGCGGCUACUGCACCUCCAGCCAGUCUUCACUGGCCGAGCCGUCCAACACAGAGAUGGCGCCGCUGGCCGUCGAGGAGGCCGAUCUGCUUGGUCAGGACCCAGCGCACCUGCUGAGCAUGCAGCUGAUGCAGCGCAAGCUCAGCGACCUGGAGAUGAUCAAGUGCGUGCAGCAGAUGUCUAGUCACUCCAACUACUUCAUCAACCCACCGAUCGACCGGCUGACACUCUUCUACCAGGACCCGGUGUUCGAGCGGAUGUACCGGCAUCAGCACGCGCGCCGCCAUCACUCCGCCACCAACGCGCUCUCGCUGCCCAAGUACAACACGCUGGUGGACACGGCCGUGGCGUCGCUCGUGUUCGCCGUGCUCGCCACCUCGCUGCUGUGCACGUUCGCGCCGCGGCCCGGCUGGGUGGCGUUCUGCGUGCUGGCCGUGCUGUGGCUGCUGCUGAUGCAGACGCUGAUCUGGCUGCGCCUGACGUCGACGGUCACGCGGCACGCGGACCAGCAGCCCACGCGGUUCGCGCUCGUCUACACGUGGUACACGCGCUGGUACCCGUUCCAUGCGGUCGGUGCGACCCUGGUCAGUCUACCGGCGGGCGCCGUGUUCGCGAACUGGUCGUGCGAGAGCUUUGAGCGCGACUGGCGCUGCGGCGAGCUGUACUUCCUCAUGCUCUUCGUUGGCCUCAUCCACUACUGCAACUUCACGCAGCUGAAUUGCUGGAUGAAGAGCAUGUUGGCUACGCUGUCGGCGGCGGUGGUGGCGGUGAUGGUGUACGCGCUUUGCGACUUUUCGCACCCGACGACCGACGUCGGCACGGCGCCGCCCCCGGCCGGGCCGCAGCGGCCGGGCGUCUUCCCGGCCGACCUGGUCGUGGGCAUGGUCUUGUUGGUGGCCCUCGUGUGGAUCCUGAACCGUGAGUUCGAGAUCAGCUACCGGCUGGGCUUCUGCGUGAACCUGAUGGCGGCGCGCGACAAGGCCGAGGUGCAGCGGCUGGAGGGCCAGGCCGACUGGCUGCUGCACCAGAUCAUCCCCGUGCACGUGGCCGACGUCAUCAAGACCAAGGCUAAGUACUCGGAGAACCAUCACGACGUGGCCGUCGUGUUCGCCAGCAUCAUCAACUUCAACGCGCUCUACGAUGAGACCUACCACGGCGGCAGGGAGUACCUGCGCGUGCUCAAUGAGAUCAUCGGCGACAUGGACGACCUGCUCAAGAAGUACCCGAGCGUGGAGAAGAUCAAAACGAUCGGCAGCACGUACAUGGCGGCGUCGGGCCUCGACCCCAGCCAGCGGCGGGACGCCAACCCACCAGACGAACACUUGGUCCAGCUGAUGGAAUUUGCCAUGGACUUGCAGAAGGCCGUCGACGCCUUCAACGCGUCGCUGUUUGAGUUCGAGAUGGAACUGCGCAUCGGCUACAACUUUGGUGACGUCACGGCGGGUGUCAUCGGCACGACUAAGCUGUACUACGACAUCUGGGGCGAUACGGUCAACACGGCCAGCCGUAUGGACUCCACCGGCGUGCCGGGCCGCAUCCAGACCACACAGAGCUGUGCUGAGGCGCUCGACGCCUACUUCGAGUUCGAGAGGCGCGGCGAAGUGUUCGUCAAGGGCAAGGACAACAUGGUGACGUACUUCCUCAAGGCGAGGCGUAGCGGCAAUACGGCAAGCUAGUGCGCGCGCUCCGCGGCCAUACGAUGGGCAAUACUUUUGUGAUGUUUCAUGUGUCGCGUCAUAUCGCCGUUGCUGGUGGUGCAAGCCUCCUCCAUAUCGCCAUACAAACGAAGCGUUGUUGUUAUCUGCUGCGGCGGCAUCGUGUCGAUGCUCGCCUCGUCCGUAUUGUUGCCUGUAGCACGUUCAUGUUCACGAGCCGCGAGGACCGGUAGCUAGCAAGGCGCGUCGCGACAGGACUAUUUAUACGGACAGCUGGCCGGGCGGGCCCAACGGCGCACGCCCGGACGCGUGAUGCAUUCCUCCGGGGGUGUUGCCCCUGGCGGCAGCGGGCGGCGAACGAGGAUGGUGACCACGAGCUUUCCGGGGCGGCGCGCGGCGGCCAAGGGUCGGAGGCCGCGGCCGCAGGGUGGCAGCCCCGCCCGGGGGCCGCUUGGCGCGGCCAGCGCCGUUUCUCACUCAUGGAGCGUGUGUCGGUCGGAGCGUGAGCGUGAGGCAGAGUGCGCUCGGAGCGCGCGGCGUGGCUGUUGGUUCGCUGGAGGCGUCCUGUCGCAAAUGGACCAGGGUCCUAGUGGGUGUACGGACUGGGUGGGUAUAUGUGCCAGUAUGACGCGAGGACUGCGCAUGUGAGCGCCACUAUGUGCCCAUUUGCACGCCUGUGCCGAUGUGUCCGUUCGUGGUUGGCCAGACCCGUGGAGGCCGCGCUACUUAUUGAGUGUGCCAAUGCUAUAUUUGUCCGAAAAUGGUAACUCCCGUGUGUGAAGCUAAGGCUCGUUGCCUCUGCUCGUUUGCAAUGGUGCCUUGUUGCUGGUAUUCAGGCCUGAUAAUAAAAGCCAUACUGCUCCA